GUCCCCAAGCCAAGAUGGCGGCGAGGUGCUCCUCACGCUGGUUUUCGCUGGCUGUGGGGACCCCCCGGCUGCCGGCUGCGGCGGGGAAAAGGGCUCGGGCACCCUGGGAGAGCACUGUAGUGGUCUCUCUAGGCCGUAGGUUGAGCAAUGCCGCCCUCUCGCCUCGUUUGGGAGUAUGCGUCUCAGGGAGACUCCUGACUUUGAGACCCAGCGUCAGCCUCUCAGGAAUAAAAUUUUACCCUUUAAUUUGUACUGCUCCAUUUCACACGAGUUCCCCUUCCUCAGCCAAAGAUGAUUAUUACCAGAUAUUAGGAGUACCCCGAACUGCCAGCCAGAAAGAGAUCAAGAAAGCCUAUUACCAGCUUGCCAAGAAAUACCACCCUGACACUAAUAAGGAUGAUCCUAAGGCUAAAGAAAAGUUCUCACAGUUAGCAGAAGCCUAUGAGGUGUUAAGUGAUGAAGUGAAGCGAAAACAGUAUGAUACUUAUGGUUCAGCUGGCUUUGACUCUGGAACAGGAAGUUCUGGACAGAGCUAUUGGCGAGGUGGCCCUACUGUUGACCCAGAAGAACUUUUUAGGAAGAUCUUUGGGGAGUUUUCAGGAUCUUCAUUUGGAGACUUCCAGAGUGUAUUUGAUCAGCCUCAGGAGUACAUCAUGGAACUGACAUUCAUUCAAGCUGCAAAGGGUGUUAACAAAGAAUUUACUGUGAACAUUAAUGAUUCAUGUGAGCGAUGCGAUGGCAAAGGAAAUGAACCUGGCACCAAAGUUCAGCAGUGUCAUUACUGUGGUGGCACAGGCAUGGAAACCAUAAAUACAGGCCCUUUUGUGAUGCGUUCUACAUGUAGGCGAUGUGGAGGUCGCGGAUCCAUAAUAACUACUCCUUGUGUAGUAUGUAGGGGAACAGGACAAGCCAAACAGAAGAAGAAGGUCGUGGUCCCAGUACCUGCAGGAGUGGAGGAUGGCCAGACUGUUAGAAUGCCUGUAGGGAAAAAAGAAAUUUUCAUAACAUUCAAGGUUCAAAGAAGUCCUGUGUUUAGGAGGGAUGGAGCAGAUAUCCACUCAGACCUCUUUAUUUCUGUGGCUCAAGCUGUCCUUGGUGGGACAGCAAGAGCUCAGGGGCUAUAUGAGACAAUCAAUGUUACGAUCCCUCCUGGAAUACAAGUUGACCAAAAGAUUCGAAUGAGUGGGAAAGGCAUCCCCCGGAUUAAUAGCUAUGGCUAUGGUGACCACUACAUUCACCUAAAGGUUAGAAUCCCCAGAAGACUGACAAGCAGGCAGCAAAGCCUGAUGCUCAGCUAUGCAGAGGAUGAGACUGAUGUCGAAGGGACAGUGAAUGGUGUCACAAAUACAGCUGCUGGUGGCAGCACCAUGGAUAGCUCUGCCAAAGACAGAGCUAGGCCUGAGGCUGGGGAGAACAAGAAGGGAUUCCUUUCCAAACUUAAGAAAAUGUUUAGUUCCUGAUAUCCCUGGCGAGGCAAACGGUCCACUGGAAACUAGACAGAGGAAGUCGCAGGGACACAUUAUUCUGUCUGUUGGACUGGAAAGUGAAAGGACUCCAGAUCAAUAGCACAGCAGCUGCAUGUGGAGGCUCUCUGAAAUACUUCAGCAACAGUAAAAUCAUGUGACAAAUUUCCCCUUAGAAUAGGGUUACCAGUGGAUGGACUUAUCAAUAAGAUAUGCCUUAACUCUAAGAUAGACCUGAUAUCUUAACAGAUGAUGGAGAUUUCCUGUCCAUGGGAACGUACCCAAAUCCUUCUGAUUCUGCACAUAGUAGAACAAAUACAUACUUCUUAUGGAGCCAAAAUUUUAAUUUGGAUUUGGAUGUGGGCCAGAAUUGUAGCUAUGAAACUUAAAAAACAAACAAGAAAAAAACACAAAACCUCUGCCCACAGCUUAAAAUGAAGCCUUAAGCUGCAUUUGGCUGUGAACUAAUUAACUUUUCACUCACCAAGUAUCCUGAGGAAUUGCCCAAUGAAUCCGUCCCUAUAGGCUGUCUUCUUUAGGAGCCUAUACUCAGCAUACCUUGACAAUAUCCUUUU